CAAUUUAAUGGAUUAAGUGUUCCUAUUCUUCAACAUCCAGACCUUCAGGACGUCUUACUCAUUCCUAUUAUUGGACCUAGGACCCUAGGACUCUGUAGGUUGGAUCUCCAGUGCAGGUAUUCCUGUGUUGGGGCACCCCAAGACAACCAACCCUCAGGUGCUGUGAUUGACAAGAAUGAGUCAGGACUCAGCAUGUUGUAGUGCUCCUGGGGAAGACUGAUUACACAAAAGGAUACAAAAGCAAAUCUAGAAGGGAAAGGUGCAUGGGGCAAAGUCUGGAAGAAGUCAGGCACAAGCUUCCAAGAGUCUUCUCCCCGAUGGACUUAUUAGAACAUGCUUAAUUCCUCUAGCAACAAAUUGUGACACGAGUAAAAUAGUUGCCCAGGAGGGCAGCUCAUUAGAGACUAGACCCAGUGGCCAAGGUUUUUAUUGGGCGCUGGUCAUGUGAUCACCCUCUGCCCAGCAUGUACCAAAAUUUCAGGCUCCCAAAAGGAAAACAGGUGUUCAGAAUAAAGCACAUUGCUUAUACAAACAGUUUAGGAAUGCCCUAUCACGAAGAUGGAGCCGAAGGUGAAGAAGGAAGCUCCUGUUCCUCCCAAAGCUGAAGCCAAAGGAAGGGCUUUGAAGGCGAAGAAAGCAGUGCUGAAAGGCGUCCACAGUCAAAAAAAAAAGAAGAUCCGCACGUCAUUUACCUUCCGAUGGCCCAAGACACCGCAUCUCCGAAAGCAGCCCAAAUAUCCUCGAAAGAGCGCCCCCAGGAGGAACAAGCUUGACCGCUAUGCCAUCAUCAAGUUUCCCCUAACUGCCAAGUCAGCCAUGAAGAAAAUAGAAGACAACAACACUCUUGUGUUUAUUGUGGAUGUCAAGGCCAACAAGCACCAGAUCAAACAGGCGGCUGUAAAGAAGCUCUAUGACAUUGACAUUGUCAAGGUCAACACUCUGAUCAGGCCCAAUGGAGAAAAGAAAGCAUAUGUUCCAUUGGCUCCUGACUAUGAUGCUUUGGAUGUUGCCAACAAAAUUGGGAUCAUCUAAACUGAGUCCAGCUGGCUAAAUCUAAAUAUAAAUUUUUUCAACA